GGUGAAUAAACUAUAGGAAACGUAUAUAUAAACAACUCAGUGUUUACCAAUAAUUUAGUGUAUUUAAAUAGUGUGGACUAAUAAAAUGAUCAUAACAACUUUUUGUCUAUCAUUCAGGACAUAAACCAUGAAAGAACAAUAAAAAAGUAAAAGACAAUAUUUCGAAGACCAAUUAACAACAUGGCCAUAGAAACAGAAAGACAGAAACAAAUAAAUAAAAUGUAUUUGAGCGGUAUAGUUUUUCUUGGAUUCAUGUGUGUUUGUCUAACCUAUGGAUAUCUAACAGCUAAAGAGAUAGGAAAUUAUGACAAACAGGAAUUUGACGAAGACAUCUUUCAGAGUCCCUGGAAUAGAAUAUACAUCGGAGCUUUUAUCAUAGCUGGUGUUUGUUUACUCCAUGUGCUAGUUAUUUGCUGUAUAGCUGAUCACGAAAAGAAAAACAGACGUAAAGAAGUCGGAGACUGUGUGGGACUAAGUGUUAUUCUACUAUGGGUUGGUGUGAUUGUUUGCGGUCUAGCGGCAGCUUUUUAUGGUAAUUUUGCCGUAAACACGCGGGUGUUUAAUGCAUGUAAUGGAACAGCUCUUGAAGAAGACAGCACAAAACCGUGUUUCGAGCACCUCAAGACGCAUACUACUGUUUUAAUUAUAAUUCUCAUUCUAUUUUUUAUCACAACAUUAUGUGGAUGCGCCCAAAGAGAUGAAAAACAUGAUAAAUUAAGGAAUGGACAUCCUAUAAAGAAUUCUAAAGUAACACAACAGCAACAUACAACGCAGCCUGCAAGACCGACCCCAGGACCGACUACAAUACAGCAACAAACGCAACAACCUGCGCAGACCUCAUCAGUUGAUUGCAUACAAACUUUUAAAUCUACGAAUGAGAAAAAUAAAGACACUAAACCAAGGAAGAAUCAGGUGUCUACGAUUUCAUCACCAAUAAAUAGUCAUCGUGAUGUAAACACUGAUUCAUCCUCCAUGGAGGGAGAUUAUACAAGUGAGGAAGUUAGUGAUGAUACAAUGAGCGAUCUGAGUAUUCCAAUUGACCAUAUAGAAAAUCACAAUGACAGCGAAACUAAUCAGAACAUUACGCUUUCACAUAAUUACUAUAUGCCUCCGUCCCCGUCCUCGACCAAUAUCGAUGUUGAUCAAAAUUUUCCUAACAGUAGAGAAGCCACAUUAGAAAGUCCUCUGCCAAAUUCGUCUGUUUUUAGAAUGGCUAAUCAUUCUCAACAAACACGACCUCCAUUGCCUAGGAUUAAAUCGGUGACGACAAUACCGAUGGAUCCACCGCCUGCAUAUGAAGAUCUUUUUAAAUAGUAUUACCCAAAAUAAAAUUAAGGAGUCAAAAAAAAAAAAUGAUAGAAUUUGUUCAUACUUUGCCAAAACGUAGUAUCUAUUGAUAUACAUGUAUGUUGAAAAAUAUAAUAACAAAGAUAGGUCACCGCGCAUUUUCUCAAGCUACAGGACGUGACAAAAUGGCACAUUGUAUAUGGAUUAAGAUGGCUCGGGACUAUUCGACUGCGCAUAAUUACAUGUAUUCGCAUGAAUUACAAAAGUAUUUGUCGUAAAUUCGAUAUAAUUUUUUGGAAUAUUUUGAUUGAUUAGUAAUGUUAACUCAUUGUAGUUAUGUGACCAGUAGAAUAUUUUCGUUAUUUUCCGUAUUUAUUAAGGGCCGGUUUAAAAUGACAAUUCACCCAUUUUCACCAUUUUCCCGCCAAAAUUUGGGUUUUAAGUCAAAAUAUAUUUUUUUUGCUUAUGGGUGACCUUUUUUUUUAUUGGCUCAUUCUUUGAAGCUAUAUUCAAGCUUUUUAUAAAACAGUUUUGGACCAAUUGUCAUAGAACGUUUUUUUUUUUUUUUUUUGCUAAUCUGAUAAAAGUAUGUCAACACCUCUAUUUUCCUUAUCAUUUCUUUGAAAAAUUAUCCAUUUACAUACCUGUUUACAGGUUCAAUUUUGAGCUUAAAUGGUCCGGGACCCCGUAAUUUUGUUCGACCAAUUUGAUUCAUUUUCUUUAAAGAAUAAAAUAACCAAAAAUAUGACACUUCUGAUAGAAACUUCGAAUAGGCCCGAGCAACCUUUAAUCAAGUUGAAGUUAAUUAAAUUAAGUAAUAACCGUUUGACGGCUGACAGUUAAAACAUUUAUGCCUUUGCGUGAUAAUGAAUUAUUUUUCAUUAGCUAAAUUGGACUUCUUUUAUAAAUAAAUUAUUGAGAUCAGUGGGAGUUGUGACAUGUUUCGGCGUCCAUCACAAAUUAUACUUGUUUGGACGGAAAUUGACAUCAUAUUAGGGACAUGCAAGUGUUUGAGGGUUAGAACACCUUUAAAAUUGAUUUAAAUAUAUAUUUAUUUUACUACAUGUUGUAUAUUUUUAGGACGAAUAUGUCACGGCUUACAUGUAUAUAUUCAAGUAUAAUAUUAUGUCUUGCCACGUGCUAUUGGUGCUACUACAUUUUUCCAACUUGCCUUUUGCAAAUUUUUACGCAACGAUUUAGCUAUAAUAUAGUUUGCUUUUUUAUGAUCAAGGGGAUACUUCAAUUUUGUUUUCUUUGAUUUUUAAGUAUGUUUGCUCUAUUCUUUACACUUUUUUCUAUUACAUCUCUAUUGCAAUUCAUAAGUUUUAUGCCAACUAAAUCCUAAUACAAAAUUUGCUUACAAAAUUUAAAGAUUAAUCCUUAAAAGAGCACCGAAAAAAAUUAAUUAUAUUCUUUUUCUUUCUCAUUAAGCAACAGAUUAUUUACAAAUUGUGUUAUUUUAUUAUAAAUUAUUAGAAUGUUGAGUAAGUCAACGAAACACCUUUUGUCAAACGUUACACGCGUUGUAACACCAGGGAGAAUCGAAACUGGGCGAUGUUACAGUAUGUUACAGUAUGUGUCGUAUGAAGUGGUUGAAGCGGUUGCUGAAAUAAUAUUUUAAUAAUGUAGAAGAUUACUUAAACCAUCUUUUGUUACUCUUAUUAGUUUAUAUGAUAUAUGUGUGUGCCGAAAAUCUGUUAUUUAAUCUUUUUUUAAAUAUAUUUCAUUUACUGUAAAUAGCACUUUUUAUAAUGUUGAUAUAAUGUUAUACAUGUAUGUAUCUCAUGUGGUCUGUAUAAUAAGACUGUCGUUAAAUAUGGUAACGUAGUAUUGUUUUACAAUUUACAAGUGUAUUUAUUGAGAGAGGAGACAUUAAUAAACCAUUGUAUUGAG